UUCUCUCUUUUUUGUUGUGAUUUUCUCUGUUUUGAUUCUCCAUUAUUAGAAAACUUGUUCAUCUUUUAAUCUUAAUCUUCUUUAAUUUCUGUUCUAUGAAUUAAAUUAUUCUCUUCAAAUUGAUUGUCCGAAGUUGUUAGAUUGUUACAAUUAACUAACUAAUUGUUUCUCUCCAAAACUAUUUACUCCAAAUUGGUAAAACAAAAGUGCUUCACACUUGAAUCAUUUGGCUCCUGUUACUUUAAACAUUGGUAUUUCUAUUGUCGAUAAAUUAUCUUUCUACUUUUAUUUUCUUUUAUUGGAGAGAAUUAAUUAAUCAUCACACUUAAGGAUGGCUGCAACAAGUACUUCACACUUGUUAUUAACUCGCAUUGAUCAUGAGGCCAAGAUGCUUAAUGUUAUGAGGAAUCUAUUUGAAGAUGGUCACUUGACUGAUGUUACUCUUGUCUGCGAAGGUCAACUUAUCCAUGCACAUAGAUUAAUCCUCUCUUCUGUUUCAAAUUAUUUCCAAACAAUCUUUCAAAAUCCCAUGUUGAAAAGUCAAAAUAAUCCAGUUAUCGUUGUGAAAGACAUGAAGAUGGCCGAUCUUGUGGCAAUCAUUGAGUUUGUCUAUUCCGGUGAAGUUAGAAUCCAUGGCGAUCAAUUGGAAUCUCUUGUUAAAAGUGCGGAAACUUUAGAUAUUUCAGGAUUAAACAAAAUCGACCCUAAUCCAGUAAAUCAUAAAGCUUCACAAAGUUCAAAUAAAUCUAUCGACUCAACUGAUAGUAGCAUCGAUUCGUCUUUUGAGAAGAAAAGUACAACCGGAUCAACUGGAAAAACAAAUUCUCAUAAUUUCCAGAAUAAUUCGCCUCUCCUUCGAAAAGAAAGCGGUACAAAUUCUAGAACAUCUUGUGAUAAGAAAACCGAGAUUACAAACUCUUCUGUUCGAGGUACUCGAAGCCGUUGUCCAAAUGAACCAUCAGAGAGGAACAGUGGAGUUACUGGAGGACGCAAAGGUAAUGGUUCUCAAGAAAAUCUAACAUCAAGUAAAAACCCCAUCACAUUAGCUGAUGAGAAUAAAAAACGCGAGGCAAGGUACAUGUCUCGUGCUCAAUUAAGAGAAUCACUUAUGAAGAUGCAUGAACCAAGUAUAAGCCGAACAAUUCAAAAUUCACCGAAAAAAAGUCUCGACCUUCGUGGACUUACGGUGAAAGAAACUAUGAGCGAACGGAGAUCAUCAUCAUCCAUUUGUGAGCCCAUUUCAAAAGGUAAAAAUAGUACCAAUGGUGACCAGACAAAAAAUGAGAAUAACUGUUGUAAAGAAUUGGCCAGUGGUCAGAAAUUGACCAACAUAUCAAACAAAACCCCCGAAUUUAAAAAACCCUUAGAACCAGCAAAAAAGACGAAAGGAAAUCUUUUACCUGAAGUUUAUCCUUCCACUGAAACUGAUGAUUACAUGAAACAAUUUGUUUGUAACAAAGAGCGACUUUCAAUGAAUCUAAGAAGAGAUGACGAUGUUCAAUCUAUAUCUUCUGUUACCACUCGAUCUCGUCGAACCAAACAAUUGGAAGAAUCUGGUUGUGAUAAAAAAGAUACUUCGACUCCUCUUUCUCGAACUGUUUCACCUUCACCAUCAAACCAAAGUGGAACCUCCGCAAGAACCAAACGCACUGCGCACACAAUUAAAUCCCCAACUGAUCUUGGAAAACAAAAACAAGUUAAAAAGCCUGAACCUGUUAAAACUCAAACUACAAGCUCAACAGAUCGAUCUACCAGAUCGGUUAGAUUAGCCAAUUCAGCUCGUUGGAAGACUCGAGCAGCGAAACUAAAAGUAGCCGUUGCCUCAACAAGACUUUCAGCUAAAUCGCGAUCUAGUAAAGUCGAUUGGAAAGCUUGGUUCGAAAGUCAAGCAAAGAUGCUUCAGAAUGCAACAAAUAAACGAGUUCGAAAAGAAGAACGACCCAAACAGGCCGUUAAAGCGAAAAGUGAUGAAACUACACUCGAGAAUAACAAAGAUACACAAUCAAACGCACAGCUCAAUAAACCGAUAACAAUAUCUCACAUGCCCAAUCCUUUUGCACGGAAAAUUCAAGAACAAAAUCCAGAGAAACAACAUGAAAUUUUGGAAUGGGAUGGAACAGGUUCACUAGAAUAUCAACCGACAACAACGAACCCCAAUUCAAUUCGAGACUUAACCAAUGAAUUUGAACUUGAAUUCGCACCAACUCCCAAACCAAAGCGAAAACAAGUCGAAAGUUCCCAACUGGACAUGGAAACUUGCAAACGUGAUCUAACCCCAACUUCCCAAUCACAAGCAACAACCUCAUCAUCGGCAACAGUCACUCGCAAUUUAAGGCCUAAAAGAGUUAAAACAACAUCCGACUCCUCCGAUAAUCCACCCAGUACCUCAACCGCAAAUACCUCUGCCUCUUCCUUGUACACCACCGCUUCAAUAUCUCCAAUACCAACCACAUCAACUAUUAACUUAAUCAGUUCCCAACAACAGCACCAACAACAACCUUCUGGCGAUACGAAUGUGUGAACAUUUAAUCUGAAACAAUUCCAGUAAAAAUGAAAAGUGAUAACAGUUCCAAUUGAAUUACUCUCUGUUCACACAACUGAUUAACCUAUUUACACUUAAAAGUGACAAUUUAUUGUUACCUUAUCAAGGUUUAUAUAGAUGAUGAACACCAUCAACAACUUAAUCAAACAAUUACUAUUUAUCGUUUAAUGGUUUGAUUAAGUGUUUAAUUGUCGGUGGGUUUCGCCUCUAAAUACAAUUGAAAAGUUUCACCAAGAUUCCCGUUAUUUAUUUGCUUGUUAUUCUGAUUAAUAUUUAUGGCCGAAUGGAUCUUGAAACAAUUACGAUGAUUAAUUUAAAUUUGAUUACCAGUUAAAUAGACUUUAGCAUCUUUGGAUAUAAGUUAUUGGCGAAAAUUAACAAUUAGAGACAUUGAUUAACUUUUGUUUCCCUGGGCAUUGAUUACAAUUUGUAAAUGAUUCCAUCAAACUUUUUCACCUUUAAUCAUCAACCAACAAUUUAACUGGAAUUACAACUAAUCCUUGAAAAGUUUCAGUUCUCCAACUUUUUUGCUAUAAUUAGAUUACUGAAGAUAAUUCCAAUCUUCCUCUUUUUUUCUCCCUGUUACUAAUUAAAACUCUAAUUAAUUCAUAA